UCGAGAUUCUUCCUGUUGCAUCCGUUCCUCGGGCUUGCUUGUAUGGACGUUCUUGUGCGUGUUGUGUCGCGAUUUCACGAGCCAUUCGACUCCACCUCCCGGAACGAGCACUGGAUUUGGACCUCUUGGUGACAGUGACUAGUAACUUGAAAACUCGCAAAGACCUUUUUAUAUAAACACGAAUAAAGGACCAACAUCUCUUUUCUCUCUCGAUUACUUACUAGUACCGACUAUCAGCGAUUCAGUCUCAACGGGGAAAAGAGGAGAAAUACGCUUUUAUAAAGACAUUAAAAUCAAAUCGGCAAGGAAAACAUGACUUCUGCAACCAUUUCCGCACACUAGUGAUUUGAUAAGCGAAUAUCAGCAGAGUGAGUAAUACGGACGGAACUGGGUUGAUUCUUGAGGCUCAGAGCGUGUGCAACAUUUUGAUGGACUGAGAAAUGAGUGAAGAAAGUUCCCGUUUUCCUGUUGUUUCAAGACAGUCGUGUGAUAAUCCAAUGUACGAAUAAAUGGCAAGUCGCCUUUCUAUGGUCAGGUGACAGAGAUGGUCUUAACGAACUGGGAAAGCACCGCGAGAAAGUCUUCACAGGUGGUCUCAAUCGAAACGGAGGCCGUCCGUUUGCAUUUAAUGAGGGUCGGGUUAGUGGAUGAUGGAGUGUCUGUGUUGUGUGGGCCACUCCCACUCCUAGCUUUUCCAAGUUACUCCCUCCACUGCUCCUACUGGUCCGUUUCAUCGUGCCUUCCCCGAAGCCUCCCUGCUGGAUUUGGCUCCACUUCCGGACUGAAAUGUUACUUGCCUCAUCCAGCCGCGAUGGUAAGGCUCGUGUCUGUCUGAGCGCCUUCUGUCGCUCCAGCAAGUUUCAGGCUGACAACGCAGCUCGGCUCAAGUUCAGUACAACCUAAAAGGCACAAGAGGCGCCCCCGAGUGUAACCCCUCGGACCACAACCUUCACCUCCUCCCGCAGCGGUAGCUGUAGCAGCAGCAGCAGCAGCAGCAGCAGUAGCAGCAACAUCAUCCUCAUCAUCGUCAGCAGUAGCAGCAGAAGCAGCGGUAAUCCUUUGAGCCAUGGCCUCGAGAUCAGACAGCGGAAACGAAACCCGAGGGUCAUCGGAGUCUGACAACUCCCCCACCCCCACCAGGGACCUCCAGAAUCACGCCAAGGACCUGCAGCAGCACGCCAGGGACAAGCACUUUCAGCAACAGCAACAGCAACAGCAUCAGCAGUUUCAUCACCAUCAGUACCACAAAGACAUUCACCAACAGCAAUUUCUACAGCAGCAGCAGCAACAGCAACAGCAACAGCAUCUUCAUCAUCAGCAUCAUCAGCAGCAGCAACAGCAACAUCAACAGCAGCAUCAUCAGCAGCAGCAACAGCAACAGCAACAUCAUCAUCAGCAUCAUCAUCAGCAGCAGCAGCAGCAGCAGCAGCAGCAGCAACAGCCACAGCCAAAUCUCUCCUGCACCACACGCGUGUUGGUGACGUCAUCAAGCACCACCGUUCCCGUUCGCCAUUCAACCAACAUCCGAGUGAACAGCAGCGGCUCCAACAGCAACAGCAGCAACAGCAACAGCACCAACAGCAGCACGACCAGCUCCAGCAGAACCACCACGCCCUUGGUCACCACGCCCUCUCAUAGAACGACUCCCCUCGCGCAGCAGGCCGUCCCCCCCACCCACAGGACCACUCCCACCUUAGCGCAAAGUACCCGGACGACGCCCGUCGUCAAUCCCACCCCGAGAACCACCCCGACUGCCACUUCUUCCUCCCAGAGGACCACGCCCAUAUCGCGUACCUCUUGCGUAAGACUCACGCCCACCACCCACGGACAGCGUCCGCCGCCCCUAAGACCACUGCCCAGGAGGCCUCCUUCGUCGGGGAUGGGUUCGGCCGGGUCUGUCCACGCUGGGGCUCCUCUAGGACCGUUAGGGUCAACCAGAGGGCGCCAGAGGAACAGCGUGGCCGUUGUUGACUCGCGCGAACACAUCUACGAGGAACUCGAGCUUUGUAGAGGCCCUCCGAAGUUGGCCCCCGUCUCAGGUGUUCUCCCUCAGGGUAAAGUGGUGAUUCGUCCCAUUGCUUUCAAACCCGUGGCUACAUCAGGACUACCCGGUGGCGUUUCCCCACCGGGGGCAAACGGCAUGGUGGUCGGGGUAGGGCCUGGUGGUCAGCCCACCGUCAGUGCCGCCCAGUCGUCUCGCCCUGACCCUCGAUACACAUCUACCCCAACGCUUGUUCGGAGUGGCAUCUACCACUAUGGCAGCAUGGGCGACUUGAAAACGAUGAGCCACAACAGCUACUCCCUGGACCGCCGCAGCCUGGGCACUCCUCUUUCAGCCAGAGGCUUCUAUGAUCACCACAAUAAUGAAAAGUAUAACAGUCUUACGAAGCUCCAUAACACUAAGAACAUUUCGAUGAAUAACAAAAACACUCAGAAUAAUAACAACAGUAACAUCCCAACGAGCAAUUGCAACAACAAUAACAGCAGCCCCCAGUCAUACCCUCCCCCACCGCCACGUCCCCCUUCGCACCAGUCCACUUGUAGCAACAUAGAAGAUGGGCAGCUUCACCACAGGCUCUCCUCUUACGACAACAGAUUGUCUAAUAAUUACGACAGCUCUGGCAUGUACACUCGUGUCAAUGGGUACUCAAACAAUGAUCUUCCCAGAUACGACAGUCUGAAAAACCUCUCCAGCGAUUCUAGCCAUUCCUUUAGUCAUCACCACCACCACCAGCCUGUUUCCAGCAACCUUCAUCAGCGGAUGGGGGGCUCUGUCACCAACCUCUCCCGAAUUGCAAACGCGCACCACGCAGGGUCAGUUCAGAGACUUGAUCGCUCAGGGUCUAACAUUGGCUUGGAUCGAUCUGCCUUGGUAAUGGGCUCAAAUCUUGACAGAUCGGGUUCAGUCAGCGGGUCUAAUUUAGGUUUAGAUAGAUCAGUUUCUGUGACGGGAUCUAACAUUGGCUUGGAAAGAGGUAUAAGUGGCUCGGUCGCCGGGUCGCUCAGCGAGUUGACGCUUGAUGAACAUCACCAAACGCCAUCGCCUUCAGAUUCGGGAGUGGCAGAACUGGAAGCCAUGCUGAAAGAAAAGGAUUCAGAGAUCAACACUUUGAGGGAAACCAUGGAACAGAAUGAGCAGGUGAUAUUUAAGGUUUAUGAGGAGAAGGAGAAAACGUGGGAACGAGAACUGAAGAAAAUCAAAGAUCUCUACGAAACUCGUGUCAAAGAAGCUCAGCAGAAGGCUCUAAAGAUAGAACAAACCCUAACAACCCAGACUUACCAGCUUCAGCAGGAUCGGAGAAAAUUAUUAGCCGAGCUUGAAGAGGUGAGACGGGAACGUGAUGCUCACCAGAGCCAAACCGAACAACUGCGGCGGGAGUUGUCUUCACUUCGUACACAGCUAGAAGAAACCGAGUGGAAUUUAUGUCAGAAAUCUGGUGAAAUAUCUUUACUGAAAACUCAGCUGAAAGACUCACAAGGGGACCAGACUACACGUGGCCAUGAACUUUUACAUUUAAGGGCUCAGGUACGACAGUACCAGACAGAGGUUGAACGUCGACGAUCAGAGAUUAAUUCAUUGCAUGAUUUAAUGGGGCAACAGAGAAGAGAAUCUGGAGAUUUACGUUUACAGUUAGAUCAAGCUCAGCAGCAGCGAUCACAAGCUAAAGCUCAUGAUCAGGAUUUGAGUCUCCAAAUGGAAAAACUCAAGUCUGAGGUUGAAGCCUUAAAAAGGGAUAGUGAAUUGCAGAGACAACAGUUUGAUGAAGAGAGAAUGAGAUGGACAGAAGAAAAAGAACGUGUUAUACGCUACCAAAAACAGUUGCACCAUAACUACGUUGCUAUGUUUGGGCGUAACCGUCAGUUAGAGGAAGAAGUAGCCAGACUUACAGGGGUGCCUUUGCCUCCUCUUAAAAAUCUCAGUCCACCCAAACUCCCAACAGUCUACACGGACAUAAGAGACAGUUCAGCCCCUCAAGUUUCCAGUGAAUCAAGGUGCUGACCUAUACAGACAACUCUACCAAGAAUAUUAGCAAGUUGGUGACAGAAGUUACUGCUUUGUGCAGUAGUAAAUUAGCUAUGUGCACAAUUAAACAGACUUCAAGUGAAACCAGUUAUGGUUUCUUUCAAAUUUUUUUUUAUCAAAGGUGAAUGUACUGAUUGGAGGUGUUUUUAUUAUUCAUAAACUGUUGAGAGUGGCUUAUAUUAUUGUGUUGUGUUACUUAAACGUUUGUGUAAAAACUCCCUCCUAAUUAUUUAUAAGGACACUAUAUACUACUCAAGUUCACUUGCUUGGUAACUUCAAAGAAAUGGAGCUGUUGUAAACUGAUAUUCAGUCCACAUGAAGAAUCCUCAGGAUAUUCACUAUACUUCACUAUCUUCUGUACAUUACUAUUCCAAUGUUAGUCUUCCACUGCAGUGAUGAGCUGGAAUGGCCAAAACUGUCUCUCUAAAGAAUUUCUGUUAGAAGACUAUAUCGGCCAGUAGCUUCGUGUGCACAAAUUUGUCACAAGUUUGUGAAAGUGGAGAGAUACUGUAAAUUUUGUGUAUAGCAAAAGAAUGAUGAAAACUAUACAGUAAGCUAGGAAUACUAUACAGUUUUAGUUUCUAGCCAAAGGUUAUAUUUAGGUGGAAUUUUACUUAAUUUAAAGAAUAAUCUAAAGGAUUUUUUAUCAGUUAACUUUAGUCAGUCUGUCCAGUUAUUUAUAGCUUGGAUCUAACUUUUAUGUGGUAUAAUCUAUUUAUUGUAUAUACAAACAAACCCUACCAUAAUCAGUUUAUGGGCAAUGAAGGGUUAGAGAUAUGUAUAAAAAUAUAAAGUAUUUAGUAUGGACUUUGGCUCAAGUUCCUUCUUAGUCACUACAAGAGAUAACAGGCAGCAGCAAAAUAAAGGUACUGACCAUGGAAAUGACUAAAUGCCCACCUCUGUAGAAGGGCAAAUCUUGACGUUUUUGGGUUCCAUGAUGAAAAUAUGUAACAAUUAGCAUUUUUAAUGGACAAUCUUUGUUUUGGUCAAGGAGCUUGCCUGGUGUAUUUUCUUAUUCAGAAUAGCUAUAUUAUUAUCUAUCUACCUGGAGAUAUUGCGCCUUCCUUCCUCUGUAUGUUAGUGAAAUAUUAACUUCUGUAUUUGAUUUUGUUGUGUGAUUCAGGUAAUACGAUUUGUUUCAUCUUUAUCUUUAUUUUAUAAUUUUGGAGAAAUCAUUUAAGUAUUAUUAAUAAUGUGUAUUACGUAUUAUCAUUCAAAAAGUGUAACUGCAUGAUCGGUUUCAGGGCCGCCUACCUGCAGAUAUCUAUUAGUUUGAUACGUUUAUAGUUUCCAAUUAAAAGCACAAACAUAAAGGCAUAAAAACUAGCUUUCCAUUGUGUGUGACAGAUUACCUUGAAUUGUUUUCGUUAUUGCAUAAUUUAUAUCUUAAUAUUGUACUGAAAAAUUAAUUUCAUGAGAAACUUAUGCAAUAUCUGGUAUUUUGCUUCAAGGUACAGCACUACUUACCAAUCGUUGCAUGGUAAAGGUUACUCUACUCUCUCAACGGUAUAUUCUCUGAGAGAAGUUUGAAGUAGCUUGCACAAAUAAAUGAAGAAUCCAUUUAA